GCUGAGAAUGCCGUCACUGGCGGACAUGACAGUGGAGGAGAAGGUGGGGCAGAUGAUGCAGAUAGACCAGCGGGCGCUGGGGCUGGGAGACAACAUCACAGCGUACUACAUCGGAUCGGUUCUUAGUGGAGGAGGCGGCUGGCCUCAGUACGCCCCCAACACCCCGUCGGCAUGGGCAGACAUGGUCGACAACUUCCAGGCCAAGGCCCUGAGGACUCGCCUGCGCAUCCCGCUGGUGUAUGGCGCGGACGCAGUGCACGGGCACAACAACGUGCUUGGGGCGACUGUCUUUCCGCACCAUGUGGGGCUGGGGGCCGCUGGGAACGCGACCCUGGUGGAAGAAGUAGCUGCCGCUGUAGCUAAGGAAGUGGCAGCCACUGGCGUCAGGUGGACCUUCUCCCCCGCCGUCACUGUCUGCCUGGACCCCCGCUGGGGCCGCUGCUACGAGAGCUUUGGGGCGGAUCCGGGGCUUGUAACGGAGAUGGCUACAGCGGAGAUAAGAGGCUGGAUGAAAGUGCCUUCCGAUGCUGGCAACUUUCCAGGAAACGUCUUCAUAGCUCCGACAGCCAAGCACUACUUGGGGGAUGGUGGCACGCGGGGAGGCGUGGACCGGGGAGAGACGGUUGGAGGGGAGGCGGAGCUGAGGAAGGUGCAUCUGCCACCAUAUGUGGCGGCUGUAGCAGAGGGGGUGUCUGCGAUUAUGGCCAGCUACAGCAGCUGGAAUAGCAGCAAGAUGCAUGGCAACAGGUAUCUCCUCACGGACGUGCUCCGCCAAGAGAUGGGCUUUAAGGGCGUGCUGCUUUCCGACUGGGAGGCGCUUACGGAGCUUCCAGGAAGCUACGAGGACCAGGGGUGAACGCCGGGCUCGACAUGAUCAUGGUUCCCACCGAUUUUGCCAACUUCUCCUCCACUCUCACGUCUCUAGUCGAUUCUGGCCGCGUACCGAUGUCGC